AUGAAACUCGUUCCAGAGAGCAAAUCCGGUCCGUCGAAUAUCAGCAACGUCAUCACUCAGAUCCUCUUCUGCAAGCAAAUAACGCUGGACUUCAACGAGGAGGAGCUUUGCAGCAUCCAGAAGGACUCCGAGGAGAUCAGUGCCCUCAUAGCCGAGCUCCAAGAGUUUAUGCCGCAAUCCGAAGCUGAUACAGAGCGGCCAGUCGCGCUCCAGGAAGCGGCUAAUCGUCUUAAUCGCAACAACGGCGCCCGUAAAAACUUGCGAUGGGAAAAUCGACCAAAUAGGCAUCCUUCAUAUCUGCGCGGGACAUUCAAAUUUUUCUGCUGCACCGGCCGACCGAAUUACCUUUGACUUCGUCUCGGUAAUGUCCCGAUGUACCAAAAAACGAAAAUUGAUUUAAGCAGUGAAAGGCUGAUGAGGAGGCUCUCGUAGAUACCAAAUUACACGCG